CGUCUUGUUGGGACCUUACAAAACCCCUUACCUGGGUUCGUCAUCAGUGUCUUCUUGAACCACUUUGCUCCGUUCUCACCAUUAAUGGAGGUACCGGAGAAUGGCAAAAGUGCGAGUCUCAGGCACGCCUUCGGGAAUGUUUUCUGCUUCUUUAUCCUCCUCCUGAUUGGAGUUCUCGCCUUCUCGAUCCGCCUUUUCUCUGUUAUCAAGUACGAAAGUGUUAUACAUGAGUUUGAUCCUUACUUCAAUUACAGAGUUACUCAGUAUCUUACAAAGAAGGGCAUAUAUGAAUUCUGGAAUUGGUUUGAUGAUCGGACAUGGUAUCCUCUGGGUCGUGUGAUUGGUGGAACUGUUUAUCCUGGAUUGACUUUGACCGCAGGUUCCAUCUGGCGGUUGUUGAAUUCUUUGAACAUUCCUCUGUCAGUAGAAACUGUCUGUGUGUUUACUGCUCCCAUAUUUUCUGCCAUUGCCGCUUGGGCGACCUACCUUCUGACAAAGGAAGUUAAGGGUACUGGUGCAGGGUUAACAGCUGCAGCUCUUUUGGCUAUGGUUCCAUCCUAUAUAUCUCGAUCUGUGGCUGGCAGCUACGACAAUGAAGCUGUUGCUAUAUUUGCUUUGAUCUUCACUUUCUAUCUUUAUGUGAAGACUUUGAACACGGGAUCUCUCUUCUAUGCCACUUUAAAUGCUUUAUCAUACUUCUACAUGGUGUGCUCAUGGGGUGGUUAUACCUUCAUUAUUAAUCUUAUUCCGAUGCACGUGCUUCUGUGCAUUGUGACUGGCCGCUACUCUCCUAGGCUGUACAUUGCCUAUGCUCCUCUUGUUGUCCUAGGUACAUUGUUAGCCUCACUGGUUCCUGUUGUUGGUUUUAACGCAGUCAUGACAUCGGAACAUUUUGCAUCCUUUCUGGUAUUCAUCAUUAUUCAUGUGGUUGCUUUUGUAUAUUACAUUAAAGGGCUUCUCUCACCAAAAAUGUUUAAAGUGGCUGUUGCUCUUGUCGUGUCUGUUGGCAUGGUAGUAUGUUGUGCUGUGGUAGCAGUUCUUGUAGCGUUAGUAGCUUCCAGCCCAACAAAGGGAUGGAGUGGGCGUAGUUUAAGUCUUCUUGAUCCAACUUAUGCAAGCAAGUACAUACCCAUUAUUGCUAGUGUUAGCGAACAUCAACCGCCAACCUGGCCAUCAUAUUUUAUGGACAUCAAUGUUUUGGCUUUCUUGGUUCCAGCUGGCAUUAUUGCAUGCUUUUUACCCCUUUCUGAUGCGAGCUCCUUUGUGGUCCUGUAUAUUGUAACUUCAGUAUAUUUUUCUGGAGUCAUGGUGCGUCUUAUGCUUGUUCUGGCUCCAGCUGCAUGUAUUAUGUCUGGAAUUGCUCUUUCUGAAGCUUUUGAUGUUUUGACACGAUCAGUCAAGUUUCAGUUGCCUGGAGUAUCUGGCAACUCUCAAUCUGGUGCAGGGGAUACCACUUCUAGAACUGUUGAUACUCAAAGUGAUAUGGUGAAGACUGAAAAAGAACCACCUACUGAUAGAACUGAAGACACUACAAAGGAACGAACCUCAAAAAAGAAGAAGAAGAAGGAAAAGGAACAUGUGGAGAAACCUUCUCUGAAGUCUCAAAUCCAAAAGAGGCUUUUGGUUUUACCAUUAGAGGCAUCUGUUAUUGCUCUUCUCUUACUUGUUUUAUUGGGCGGUGUUUAUGUGAUUCAUUGUGUAUGGGCAGCGGCGGAAGCUUAUUCAGCUCCUUCAAUUGUUCUGACAUCUCACUCGCAUGAUGGUCUUCAUGUUUUUGAUGAUUUUCGUGAAGCUUAUGCAUGGUUGCGCCACAAUACCGAAGUGGAUGAUAAGGUUGCAUCUUGGUGGGACUAUGGUUACCAAACAACUGCUAUGGCUAAUCGUACAGUCAUAGUUGAUAACAAUACCUGGAACAACACACAUAUUGCAACAGUUGGUACUGCCAUGUCUUCUCCAGAGAAGGCUGCCUGGGAGAUUUUCAACUCUUUGGAUGUAAAAUAUGUUCUUGUUGUCUUUGGAGGUCUUGUAGGCUACCCCAGUGAUGAUAUCAAUAAGUUUUUGUGGAUGGUUCGUAUUGGAGGUGGUGUUUUUCCCCACAUCAAGGAACCCGAUUAUCUAAGAGAUGGUCAGUACCGGAUCGAUUCUCAGGCCACUCCAACCAUGUUAAAUUGUCUCAUGUACAAACUCGCGUAUUAUAGGUUUGUGGAGACAGAUGGCAAAGGAUUUGACAGAGUAAGGAGGACUGAAAUUGGGAAGAAGCAUUUCAAACUUACACAUUUUGAGGAGGUAUUCACAACACAUCAUUGGAUGAUGAGGAUCUACAAAUUAAAACCUCCAAAGAAUAGGAUCAGGGGAAAGGCAAAGAAAUCAAAAUCGAGUUCAAAAGGAAGCACGGCAGCUAGCUUGAAACAAAGCGGGAGGAGAAAGAGAAAUCCUUGGCAUUAGAUACUUUUAACUGUUUUACCAGUAGCCAAUAUCUCAGGUUUGUUUUAAUUAUUUCAUAGGUAUUAAUGUGUCUGAGCCUGUAGAGAGGGGAUUGGCACUCAUAGUUGCUCGGUUGCCUCUGAUAGAAAAUUUUGAGCCUUUUGUAUCCCACCUUGUAUCAUUUGCUUUCUUUUCCAUUUAUGAGUGAUGAAUGAAUUUUUAUUGGCCUUGGACCAGUUUCAUAGAAGGAAGAGAAAUCAUGGUACAGAUCCUUGUCACAGUUUUGUUUUCAAUAGUGUUACUAGUAACUUGCAGAAUAUUUAAUCCAUUCACUUUGCUACAGUGAAACUGUUCAUGUA